AACUAAGCCUUAUUAGCUUCACGAAAACAUGCCUACUGGUUCUUCCUUGCCACACCACAUUGAAAAAUGGAAAAAUUGGGUGCUGCAUGAGCAUGAGCCUGAUAAAUGGUGGAUAAUGAGUGUCCCGUCAGCUAUGAUUGGACUCACCUGUUUUGCUUUCAGCUACUUCAACCAUCAUCUCAAAGCUUGGAACCUGAUGUUGAAAAUCUCCAUCUCCAUUGUUCUCAUUGCCCUCAUCUGUAUUGCAGUUUUAUUUGCAAGAAGAUGGCCAAAUGGGAGCAGACCAUGGGUGAAAGCGCAUUUGGUAUUGGUGGCGAUUACAGUCACCUAUGUCGCCACCUUCUUUCUUGAUAAAGAAAAAGAGGAGGAACCGGAUGUAUUACGCCUGGUAUCCUAUGUUGCAUUUGCUGUGACGUCUUUAAGUCUAGCAAUACAGACUCAACUCGAAUUUUUCGGGGAAAUCGUAUACUUUUUUGUUGGACUUCUACUUAUAGGACUCAUGAAGAUAAACUGGUGGUUGGCUAUCUUCCCUGGAGCAUGCUUCAGUUAUCUACUCAUUAUUCUUUCUUCAUUUCUACAUGAACUAUCAGAAAAACGCAUCCCCACUCAUACGAAUUCAUCAGCUUCACCAACCUAUACCGAAACUUCUUUUGUUGAUGAUACCUCUUCUAUCGGCUCUGGCACUGCAAUGAAUCCACAACAAUCCAAUAAUACCGAUACCGGUACUGUUCCUCUUUUAGCGCCUCCACCAGUUCGAAGUGAUGAUCUCUUAGACGGGUUCAGGCGUGCUCUACGGACGCUUAAUGGGUUGGAUAGGGAACUUGCAUGGGAGUUAAAGCGCCCCUUGGGAGAUUACCUUACAGAUAGAAGUGAAGAGGUUCCAGCGGUACUGGGGAACGACUCCAACUUCCUAGUGGAUAGGAUUUCGUCACAGGUACUUGAUGAGCUGAAUCGCUUGAUGAUGAAUUCGACCCAGUUUGACGAUGACUUGAGGAAUUUGGUGGUGGAUGAAUACAGCAGAAGCCGGAAACGGUUCUUGGAGAUAUGCCAGGUGGAGUUACAGUUGAAUGUGAAUAAAAAGAACACGGUGAAGAAGUGGAUUAAAGUUUCCAACAUAACAUUAAGGAUACUAUUUCCUAAUGAACGGAGACUCUGCGAUCGAGUGUUUGGCUCUUCGUCUGACAUCUGGGGUGAGUGUUUCAUGGAGGUUUGCUCGGAAUGGGCACGAGAUUUACUGAACUUCGCGGAUCAGGUUGCAAAGAAUGGACUUAAAUAUCAGAAACGUGACUAUUUGCCCCAGCUUUUCCAAGUGUUGAGAGCACAAUGUGAUCUAAUUAUUCCAUCUUUUGAGUUACUGUUUUCUAAUACUGAAAUCAGGGGUGCACUCUGGACUGAAGCAAUCAAAGUUAAAGAAAGACUGUGUAGAGCAAUUAAGGAUUACUUUUUCAUGGGGUUGGAGGAUUUGGCUCACGCAGAUGGAAGAAAAGAGGUAGUCUAUUGUAGUGUUAUAAUUCAUGACAGUACUGUCCAGGUAAUGGAACGCCUCAGUGAUGCCUUCAAAGAAAGAGACACCCUUGGAUUAAUCCUCCAAGAUUACCCCAUAGUUCCUGUAAAGGAGGGAAUGACUUUGCUUGCUAGUCACAUUUCUUGGAUGAUCGAUCUGCUGGAGGCCAAUUUGGAAACCUUCACAGAAAACAGCGAGAAUGCUUCCCUGGGCUGUGUUUACUUGAUCAAUAAUUUUAGUUACAUAGAAAGGAAAGUCCAUGAUACUCAAUUGGACACCAUUUUGGGGCAUAGUUGGCUCGAAGAACAAAGUGUCAAAUUCCAUGGGUACCUCGAGAAAUAUCGAAGAAACUCAUGGGAUACGGUGUUUGGCUACUUGAAGUUGGAUAGCGAGAACGUGACGGAAGAGUCAAUGAAAGAGAAGAUCCAAUUGUUUAACGAGCACUUUGGCAAAAUGUUUUAUCAUCAUCGUAGAUGAUCAGUUCAUGAUACAGUUAGGGAAAAAGUGAGAAAAUCGGUGAGCACGGUCUUUGUUCCAGAAUAUGGAAAUUUCAUUGAGAGGUUCCGCGAGAUUCUUGGGGAUCAUGCUGAUGAGUACAUCAAGUAUUCAACAUCGGAAAUUGAAGAUUGCUUCACGGUGUACCUAUUUUCUGGAAGUGGAUAUAGUUCGGAUGAUAAUCGUGAUGACGAUGAAUAAGUUGCCAAAAGAGAAAGGCGCUUUUUGUUUGGUUGAUACUUGCAUGAUUGCUAUUGUUUUUGUAGUGGUAUACUUCCAAUAUGUUUGUUGGGAGGCUAGGAUACUGCAGGUAGCUUCUCAUUCUAAAAUCUGUAACAAUAAAGUUAGCUAGGUACUUGGCCAUUUUAGUUAUUUUAAAUAAAUUUGAGAUGUAAUUAUUCUUUAGCUAUAAGCUUGGGAAUAAGUAUUAUUUUGGAUUUUUUUUUUGGAAGUUUAGUUUCAAGUG